CCACUACCACCACCAUUCUAAACAUAAACAAAUAAGAAAGCACCUAAACUUGGCACAUAUACCAGGGGAUAUUUGUGUCAUUUUAUAAAAGAGAUCAAAAUAUCUUUAUGACUUUAGAAAGAUGCCCUCUUGCACCUCGAUCAGCAAAUAUAAUUCCCCAGAAACAUGAAGGUGUGGUGAAGCAGAAAGCCGCUUCAUUGGCAGAGGAUGCUCCUGGUGAACAAAAAAGGUCUCGUACUUUAGAGGAGAGUGUUUCUUCUAACGAAGAUGAAAUAAAUAAUGAGAAUUCGGUAACUACGACACCGAAGCAUCAGAAGGUUACUACUCCCAAAUCUUACCGGAAGUCAGUAAAACGAGUUAAACAUGAUGAAUCUAUAUCUAAAGAAGUUCCUCAUAUGAAGGCACUUGCGCCUAUCGAUGAAGAGUCAAAAAACACUGGAGCUGAUACUACAAAACUAGCCACAGCAAAGUCGACCUCUCAAAAAGCUAAGUUGCUGGAAUGGAAGCGACAGUAUAAAAAGGCAUUUCCAAACUUUCGUUUUUAUUUAGAUGGGUUUGACCCUAACCUUCAGCAACGAGUCAAACGUCAAGUAGUUCAAUUAGGGGGCCACGUGGAGACCUUUUUUUCUGGUAAUGUUACUCAUGUGGUUACGACGAGAUCUACGCAAGACAUAAUGGCAAAAAACUCUAAGCAGGACGUGCUUACCAAGGCACGUCAAUUGAAUAUGAAGAUUUGGAGCAUGGAAAAACUGUGUAACCGGGUUCUUAAAACGCUUUUGGAAGACGACCCAUUUGGUGCUGGCCCAUCUCAAAAGCAAGGGAACGAUUUAAGUUAUUUGCUUUACGUAGAAAAGGUUCAAGGUACCAAUGAGCGUGAUUUAUCUGUACCAAGGCAAGACUUUGUUCAUUUCAAAGGCCCAUAUCUAUAUGUUCAUGAUAUGGCAAAUGUAUAUAAACCUAUUCUUUUGAGAGAAUGGCCAAAGCCGUCAAGCGAUAAGGAUGUUCCGUGGCCCACGUUUCGUGCAACUAGUAUAGGCAGAUGCCCAUUUGUACCUGAAAACAAGCAGCGCCUAAGUAUUAACGCACACACGGCAGCAGCAGCAGCUGCAGCAAAGGCCAAACAAGAUCAGUCACAAGAACAGCAGCAGCUGCAGCGCAUACAAAAACAGUGUUCCCAACAAGCACCUCCAACGCUUUCACGUGCUAAUUCUUUUAAACUCUCUGUUCCAUUGCUAUCUAACAAUACUGUUUCUACUUCGAACUCAAACAGUGUAUAUGCUAAUGCCGAAAGUGCUCCAUUGCCAAAUGCAAAUACUGGAGAUAUUCAACAAGAGCAACCUUCGGCCAAACUUAAGCCAUAUCGCAUGUUAGAUGAUGGCAUGCAAGCUUCUGGUAUCGUCCAGUCCAAUCUAACUUCGGCGGUAAUGUCCAAUAAUUCUAAUAUUCGUUCAGGGAGUGCUGCAGGUGUUCCUGUUGUUGCGAUCAACGGGCGAGACAUAAAUGAGCUUAAGAAAAGAAUAAUUCAGCAAAAAUCCGGAGCACCAAAUAAAGAACAGACUUACAAGAACAUACUUCAGAAUGCUAACCAGAGAAAAGUUAGGAUUGACCCAAAACCUGGAUAUUGUGAAAACUGUCGAGAAAAGUUUGACAAUUUCGAAUUGCAUAUUCGGAGUAGGCGCCAUCGGAAAUUUGCUGAGAAUGAUGAAAAUUUUAAAGAAUUGGAUGAACUAUUUGAGCUUGUUCAACGGCCUUUUCGUCCACUCUAAGAACCUCAAUAUUGUUUUAUCUAAACAUUUAUGCCAUUUUUUUAGUCUGGGUUAGAGUUUCUUCGCUUUUCUGUGUUUUAAUGUUGUGUUGAACUUUUUAAUUCUUGAAUUGAAACAGAAUGAUUGCGUUGAAGUUUUACAUCGGUGCUUUGUCGAUUCUUCUUUUUUUUACAUGCAUUCAUUCUUUUUUCUUCUAAUAUAUAUAUAUACCUAUUUCCUGAUCUAACAGCGGUUACGAUUCUAUCUCUGUGAUUUAACAAACCAUCUAUCUUUUCGAAGAUUUAACGAACGAUUUAUAUCUAUUUUCUUUUAAUGAAUAUGGGAUUAUUCAUAGGAUGCUAUGAAGGAUUACAAUCCUUAUUUGGCAAUUUGACUUUUGAUGGCAAAAGUCAGCGUACAAUUUACAUGCUCAUUUUAUUGUGGCAUGUUUUCAUAGCUGAAAGGCAAUAUACUUGUAUAUCUAUUGCAUAUGCAGGCAAUUAGGGAAGAGUUCUCGUGUAGAGACAACUUUGAUGAUAAGUACUUUGAAGUAUCGAG